UUAUUAUUUACUGUCACCUUGGAGCUGAUUUUCGAGUUUGUUGCAAAGAAAUUAGAAACCUGCUGCUUUUGGAGGCGAAAAAUGGUAUAGAGAAUUAGAGAUUCAUUACACACAAUUAUACAUACACCUUCAAUCACUCUGGCUAUUUAGGGAUAUAAAUGGAUAAGUCGGCUGAUGAGGAUUUUAUUACUGAUCUGCCGCAAAGCAUUAUUGAAAUAAUCCUCACGAAGCUGCCGAUAAGAGAUGCUGUAAGGACUAGCAUCUUGUCGAGCAAAUGGAGGUACAAAUGGGCUACCCUUACACAGCUUGUAUUCGAUGAUAAUUGUGUGAGUCCUUUCAAUGACAGAAUAGCUGCCGAGAAUAAACUUGUGAAGUUCAUCACUCGGUUUCUUUUUCUUCAUGAAGGCCCAAUCCAUAAGUUUACAUUAUCCACUUAUUACUUGCAAAGUUCUCCUGAUAUAGAUCAAUGGCUACUUUUUCUAUCAAGAAAAGGUAUUAAGGAAUUGGUUCUCGAAGUAGGAGAAGAUGAGUGGUUCAGAGCACCGUCUUGUCUUUUUGCAUGCCUGAAACUGACUAGUUUGGAACUUCUUCGUUGUGAACUGGACCCUCCUCCGGAAUUUGGAGGAUUCUCAUGUUUAAAGUAUCUUAACCUACAACAAGUUCUAGUUGCUCCUGAAGUUAUCGAAAACCUUAUUUCAGGUUGCCCUCUUCUUGAGAGCUUGACUUUGUCAUAUUUCGAUAGUUUAGCUCUGACUGUUCGUGCCCCGAAUUUAAAAUACCUUAAACUAGAAGGGGAAUUCAAAGACAUAUGUCUUGAGUACACUCCACUUCUGGUUGUUAUAUCUGUUGCUAUGUAUAUGACUGACGAAAAGACUGAGCACUUUGAGCAAAGCUCAGGUUGCAACUUUGACAAGUUUCUUGGUGGUGUACCAUGUCUUGAGAGGCUCACUGGGCAAAUCUACUUUACAAAGUAUAUGAGUAUAGGAUAUGAACUUGGAAAAGUCCCAUUAACUUAUGACCAUCUGAAGCUCAUUCAACUGUAUCAAGUGAGCUUUGAAGACAUGAAAGAAAUAUUGGUUGUUCUUCGCCUGAUUUUGAGCUCUCCUAACUUGCAAGAACUUCAUAUCUCAAGUUCAUCGAACGCAAUCACUGCAUUUGAAGCUUCUGAUUUGAAUUUCUGGGAGACAGAUUGCCCUACUGGUUGCACAUUGAAAAGACUUAAAACGGUGAAGAUUUCAGAUUUAUCUGGCGUGCCACAUGAGAUGGAGUUCCUUAAAUUUUUGCUUAAGAAUUCUCCAGCUCUUGAGGUGAUGAGCAUUUUACCUGGGAUAUAUGUUUCCUGCGGAAAAUUGAAUGUGGUUAUAGAACUGCUGCGAUUCCGGAGAGCUUCUCCCAAAGCUGAAAUUAUAUUCAUUCAAGAUCAAAUAUAGUCAUUCUUAUACAUGUACUCUAGUUCAGUCUUUCUUUUUCCUUCUUUAUUCUGUUGGCUGUUGUAGUUUUAUAACAAUUUUUAUACAUUAAUUAUCAAUUUAGGGUCCAAAGAUUUUGGA